AUGAAUGGUAUAACAAUAUCUCAAUAUCAAACACAAAAUAAUAUGAGAGUUGAUUCUCAUUUAAGAGAUAAAUUUAAAAAAUAUCCUGGUGGUUUUAAUCAACGAAUAAUGACUGAAGGUGAAGCUCUUGAGAUCUUGGGGAUCCAAGGGAAUGAAAUCAUGAAUUUAGAUAAAGAUUUAUUAAAAAAGAAACAUCGUAAUUUAAUGAUUCAAAAUCAUCCUGAUAGAGGUGGUAGUCCUUAUUUAGCUAUGAAGAUUAAUGAAGCUAAAGAGGUGUUGGAGAAGAGUUAUAUGUUUAGAAGAUGA